AUGUUCACCCUCUUGGACGCCGCGACCCUGAUGCUGAUCGCCGGGGCGCCCUGGGCGUCGCCCGCAGCUGCAGGUGGAGAAAACCUAACAGCUCCUCAAAAUGUAGAGGUCUACAUCAUAGAUGACACCUUUCUCCUGAAGUGGAACAAGAGCAAUGAAAAUGUUAAGAAUGUGACUUUUUCAGCAGAUUAUCAAACACCUGAAAUGAAUAGUUGGGUAAAAUUGCCUGGGUGUCAGUAUAUUACCAGUACCGAAUGCAACUUUUCUUCAGUCAAGCUAAAUGUUUUUGAAGAAAUGAAGUUACGCUUAAGAUCAGAGAAAGGAAACAAAACUUCUCCGUGGUCUAAGGUGGACUCAUUUACCCCAUAUCUAAAAGCUCAAAUUGGUCCUCCAGAAAUACAUUUAGAAGCUCAAGAUACAGCGAUAGUAAUCAAUAUCUCUCCUCCUGGAAAAAAAGAUGGUCUCAUGUGGGCUACGGAUAGGUUAAGUUUUCGAUAUAACUUAGUUAUCUGGAAAAACGCUUCCAGUGCAGAUGAAAGGACUGAGACUGUUUAUCCCGGAGGUAAAAUUUAUCAGCUCUCACCAGAGACCACAUACUGUUUAAAAGUUAAUGCAAGACUACAUUUUUUUAAAAGAAUUGGCAUCUAUAGUCCAGUGUAUUGUGUAAAUACCACAGUUGAAAACAAACUGCCUCCACCAGAAAAUCUAGAAGUAAGUACUAGAAACCAAGUCUCUGUUCUUCAGUGGAAUUACACAUAUGAAAAUGUGACCUUUCAAGUUCAGAGUCUCCGUGACUUUUUGAAAAUGACUGAGAACCAUUCGGAUAAAUGGGAACAAAUACCAGGCUGUGAAAAUGUCAAAACUACCCAGUGUGUCUUUUCUCGAGACACUUUCCAAAAUGGAAUUUACUUUCUCCGUGUCCAAGCAUCUAAAGGAAAUAACACAUCUCGUUGGUCUAAAGAGAAAAAAUUUGAUACUGAAAGUCAAGCUAUUAUAUUUCCUCCAGUCAUUAGUAUGAAAUCCAUUAAUGAUUCCCUGUAUGUCUAUAUUGGUGCUCCUAAAGAAACUGGAAAUAAGUUUGUGAACCAGCAUUAUCUGUUUAUUUAUGAAUUUACUUUUUGGAAGAACACUUCAGAUGCUGAGUUUGAAAUCCUACAGAAAAAAAAUGAUUUUAUUAUUGAUAAUGUGCAACCACUGACCGUAUAUUGCAUCAAAGCCAGAGCGCUCAUCCAGGAUGACAGAUGGAAUAGAAGCAGUGCUUUUAGUGAUGUGGUGUGUGAGAAAACAAAAUCAGGUAAUGCACCCAUAGCUUGGAUUAUAGCUGGAAUUUUCACUGUGUUAUUUUCCAUUCCACUUGUGGUUUAUGGGAUGAGAGGUCUUUGGAGAUGUAUCAAUUAUGUAUUCUUUCCAGCAUGUAAACCUCCUCCUAAUAUACAAGAGUAUUUCUCGGAACAGUCAUUGAAGAAUCUACUCCUUUCCACCUCUGAAGAACAAACUGAAAGAUGUUCUAUAGUUGAAAACACGAACACUCUUACUAUAGUAGAAGAAACUAAUCAAAUUGAUGAUCACAAAAAGUACAAUUCCCAAACUAGUAGGGAUUCUGGAAACUAUUCUAAUGAGGAUGAAAAUAGUGGAGGUGGAACAAGUGAAGAGCUUCUACAGUCAACACAAAAUCAUGUGAUUGAAAAUGAACUCUAA